CCAUUGACUUGUAAACAUUAAAAUUAAAAUUAUAAAUUUUUUAAGUAAAAAUCCUUAAUUCCUAGCUAGUAUUUCUGGUACGUCGUUGUACCGCUUUUUUGUAAUUUUUAUGUGAUAAACUAGGCACUCAUUUACCUACUUCAAUUACUACAAAUCGGUUUGAAAUGGCAAGUAACAUGAAUUUUUUAAAAAUUGCAGUGAUUAUUUUAGUAAAUGCCGUUAUAAUUAAUGCUGCUACAACUGGUAAAGUAUUAAUACCUUGUGAAGACGAUAACGAUUGUACAGGCUUUGAAAACGCCACUUGCAUCAAUGCAUUUUGCACGUGCAACGGAACUACAACGUGCCUGAGAAAAUUUACUGUAGGUGUUAGUAGAAUCGGCGAAAAUUGCACUGAGACAGACGAAUGUCUCGUAAAAAACUCCGAAUGUCGUAAUAACACGUGUAGCUGUGAAAAUGGGUUUGUCAAAACUACAAAUGGACGAAAAUGUCUCAAAAUUUCAGAUGGUGUCGACAGUUCCUGCGAAGAUGACGUUCAAUGUUAUACCAAAACCAAUCACACUAUUUGUAGAAACAACAAAUGCGCCUGCAAUGGAACACACCAAGUGAAUGGAGCAUGUUUUAAAAACGCCAAGCUUGGUGAGUCUUGCAAGGUAAAUCCGGAAUGCUCGCUAAACAAAUUUUCUUCCUGCGUGAAUUCGACGUGCCAGUGCAACGUUAAUUACACGAGUGGUUUGAAUAAUACAGUUUGUCUUCCAGUAUCAUUGUCAGCAAACAGCUCUUGUGUAGAGAAAGCACAGUGUACUGUAUCAAUGGGAGAUAAUGCUCAUUGCGUGGACGGAUUAUGCAACUGCAAAGAAUUGUACUAUUACAAGGACAAAAUCAAUAAAUGCGUAGAAGAUAAAUUUUACGGAGAAAGAUGUGCCACUCAUAGUGAUUGCCACAAUCCUUUUCCGGAAAAAGAAAGCCGCUUAGAAUGCAUUAUUGGAGAGUGUAAAUGUAGAUCAGGCUUCAUCGAAAAGCACGGAAUUUGCAUUGAUCCUUCGAGCAGUUCCCAAGUACUUGCUAGUUUAUUUUUGUUCGUUCCUACCUUAAUUAUUGUUAAUUUGCUUUAGGAUUUUCUAAUUUUUUGCUAUAUAUUUUUACAUUUUUAUAAUUUGUCUGUUUUAUAUUUCAAUUUAACAUAUAUUUACAAAUAUUUUUAAUAUAAUUAAACAUAAUUUGCUACUAGUGGUAAAAUACCUUCACAUAUUUUAAUAUUUG